AUUUCAGGUCAGAGGAACCGGGAAAAGACUGGAGAGAGCAACUGUUGUGUGAUCCUGUAAAUGCGUCCCUUCAUCCCUCUGAAUGAGUGUGUCCCGUCACCCACCGCCCGAAGCUGCUUAAACAACUACUCACACCAGACUAGCAAGAGCCGGAGAGAAAAACACACACACGCAGAUCUGAGAUUCAAGCCAAAAGAUGAUCAUCCAACCUGGAGAGCAGCAUAUAAUAAAAGCGUCCCGCCUUCACACACACACACACACACACACACACACACACACACACACACACACACACACACACACACACACACACACACACACACACACACACACACACACACACUAUCUCUAACACCUUCAAGAACUCAUUGAAACACACCUUUUCUAACACCUCCAUGAACUCACUGAAACACACACACACACACACACAGCUUCUUCUGCCGGUUUGCACAUGGAGGAGGCCCUUGUUGAUCAGUUUUUUAUUGCACAUAGUAAACAUGAAUGAUUCAGUGAGGAUGAAGAGACUCCAGGCCCUCCAUUUCUUCCUCUCAGGAGGGAAGAAUGAAUUUACACAGGGUCUGAUGAACUUUUCACGUUUAACAGCGCAACCGCUGCAGAGGAGAUGCAUGAAAUACUAGCACACGCUUCACCGGCGGACUGUUCUGGUGAAGUGCUAAGCAGUGUCUGUCCAGGAGAACAAGUAUUGAUGUGCCUGAUGAUGAACGCUCGAGAAAUGUUUCUGGUUUGGAUGGCCCUUUUUAAUCCUGGAGAUUGCUGAAACGUUGAUUUGCAGGAGGGCGGAUCUCCGGACGUCUGCUUGGAAAGUCUAAAUAACACGUAAUGAAUAACUAAUAACAUUUGCGACUGUGUUUUGACAGUCAUCCAGUGUUUUCUUUAGAUUGAUCGGAGCUGCUCUCUUUUUUAGGAAGGGUCCGACUAUCCCUUUAUUUCCCCCUCCCAAGCGUAGUUGGUGUAAAUUAAUGCUUGCGUUUGGAGCCAGAAGAAAUCUGUGGAAUGAAGUUUGGCUUGGUUUCUAUUUCUCCCUACUUUUUAGAUAUAUAUAAAAAUUGUUUGCACAAGACAGAAACGUGAGCUGUUUCAUUUCUAAAUCGGUGUCAAUUUUUUUCUUUCCCCUUGUUUUUCCAAAUGGGAACCGUAUUGGAAGGUUACAUACGUGUAGAGUAUAUUUAAUAUGAAUCUUAUAGAGAACAUAACUAUAGAUUGUUGAUAUAUAUUGGUGUCUAGUGUAUGAUAGUUUUAAACAGUUAGCACAUUAGCAUUCGGAGCAGUGAGACGCUGACUAUGUCAUGUACUUUAACAGCAGCAACCCCCUCUCUAAUGGUUGAAGAAAUUACUGUACCGUGUUUUUGUUAUCAUUAUUUUUUUUUUAAAUGUUCAUAAUUUGAUAUAAUCUUCCUUUUCUUUGUAUGUGGUCUUUGCUUUUCUGCUUUUUAACACCGCACUCGGUCUGAAAAAUAUUGGUCCUUAUCAGGGUUUAAAUCUGUACAGAGCUGAAGUUUUUAAAAAGAUAAUUGUAAAUAAAACUAAUGCUUCUCAUUCUCUAAAAUACAAAUGGAAAUACAUCUAUAAACUGAAUAAAGAAUCCAGAUUAUUCAAGUCAA